AUAAGAAAUGCUGGAGACGUUUGGCGCGGCUGUUAGACGACUACCUGCUGGCGGUGGUGCGGUAAGAAGCGCGGUGUCUCCGGUAUUUUGUCGCCCCUAACAGACUUCAGGCGGGGUUUGCUACUAGGAAGAAGUCACUGGUGCAGCUUGUAAGCUUUUAGUCUAUUAUCUCUGGCAAGUCGUCUAUCAGAGCUUGCUUUGCGCAAGCCGAGGGAAAUAGUUAGGGGGAGAAAAUGCCUCCUAUCAAGAAUGACACCGGCAAAAAUGAACUCAAAACUCAGAUUCAGCAGCUCAUUGACUCCAAUCAAGUGAUGGUCUUCAGCAAAAGCUACUGUCCAUAUUGUGUUCAGGUGAAGGACCUGUUCAAGGAACUGAAAAUCGAGUGCAAUGUGAUGGAGCUGGAUCUCAUGGAGAAUGGAACCAACUACCAGGAGAUGCUGCUGGAGAUGACCGGCCAGAGAACGGUUCCUCAGGUCUUCGUCAACAAGACGCACGUCGGUGGUUGUGACAAAACGAUGCAGGCCCAUAAAGACGGCAGCCUGCAGCAGCUUCUCAGCGGGGAAACCCAGGCGUACGACUACGACCUGAUCGUCAUUGGCGGAGGAUCUGGAGGCCUGGCGUGCUCCAAGGAGGCGGCCUUACUGGGGAAGAAGGUCAUGGUGUUGGACUUUGUCGUGCCCACGCCCAAGGGAACCUCCUGGGGUCUCGGUGGGACGUGCGUGAACGUUGGCUGCAUUCCCAAGAAGCUGAUGCACCAGACGGCCCUGUUGGCCACGGCCAUCCAGGACGCGCGCAAGUUUGGUUGGGAGUUCAAUGAGUCAGUGAAGCACAACUGGGAGACGAUGAAGACGGCGGUGAACAAUUACAUCGGCUCGCUCAACUGGGGCUACAGGGUGUCGCUGAGAGACAAGAAGGUUGAGUACGUCAACGCCUACGCAGAGUUCGUCGAGCCGCACAAGAUCAAGGCAACAAACAAACGGGGAAAGGAGACGUUUUACACGGCAGCCAGAUUUGUCUUGGCGACAGGCGAGCGGCCGCGUUACCUGGGAAUCCCCGGCGACAAGGAGUACUGCAUCACCAGCGAUGACCUCUUCUCGUUGCCCUACUGCCCGGGAAAGACGCUGGUCAUCGGCGCGUCCUACGUGGCCCUGGAGUGCGGCGGCUUCCUGGCCGGCCUCGGCCUCGACGUCACCGUCAUGGUGCGCUCCAUCCUGCUGAGGGGCUUCGACCAGGACAUGGCCAACCGCGCUGGAGAGCACAUGGAGACGCACGGUGUCAAGUUCAUUCGCAAGUUUGUGCCAAUAAAGAUCGAGGAGCUGGAAGCAGGCAGUCCCGGCAGGCUGAAGGUGACGGCCAAGUCCACAGAAACGGACGAGAUCAUCGAGGGCGAGUACAACACGGUGCUGAUAGCGGUGGGUCGGAACGCCUGCACCGACAAAAUCGGCCUGGACAAGGCAGGAGUCCGAGUCAACCCAAAGAAUGGAAAGAUUCCCGUGAACGAUGAAGAGCAGACCAACGUGCCUCACAUCUACGCCAUUGGAGACAUUCUGGAGGGAAAGUGGGAGCUGACGCCUGUUGCCAUCCAAGCCGGGAAGCUGCUGGCUCGUCGUCUCUACGGCGGAUCGGCUGUGAAGUGCGACUACAUCAACGUUCCCACCACCGUGUUCACCCCUCUGGAGUACGGCGCCUGCGGCCUGUCGGAGGAGAAAGCCACUGAGCUCUACGGACAGGAAAACAUCGAGGUCUACCACAGUCUGUUUUGGCCUCUGGAGUUCACCGUGCCGAACCGCGACAACAACCGAUGCUACGCCAAGAUCAUCUGCAACAAACUGGACAACGACAGAGUCAUCGGCUUCCACUACCUGGGUCCAAACGCAGGCGAGGUGACGCAGGGCUUCGGCGCUGCCAUGAAAUGUGGCGCCACCAAGGAGCAGCUGGACACCACCAUCGGCAUCCACCCAACCUGUGCCGAGGUCUUCACCACCUUGGAUGUGACCAAGAGAUCCGGCGGAGACAUCACCCAGAGCGGUUGCUGAGGUUAAACCCUGCUUGUUUAGCAGCCUGCUCUCACAUUAGACUCUACCACCUGUCCACCGGUACCUGACCCGGUGGAAGAUGCUUGCCUGCGCUCUGAUGGAGCGAAGCGGCGAAGCGCUAAGAGUCUGAGCUGAGGGUAGUCUGCUGAACGGCGGGGUUACUCUGCUCGUGUUUCUGCUGGCCUCCACCGGCGUGUCCCUUCUCAGAGGAGCUCCAGCACACACUGCCUGCACGGAUGUGUGUGUGUGGAUGUUUAAUGACGUCCUGGCCCGUAACCUAAAAUACUGAGGUGGGCUAGGAUCGAUGUUCUUCUGCAGGGGCGCCUGAUGGUGGCUCACAAUCCUUCGUCCAACUCCCCAACUGCAUCGGCUUUGUGUUGCACCUUCUGCAAGCAGAGGGUGCGUAGACUGAAAACUGCUUGACCCAAUGCGUGGCUCUGGUGUGUGUACGUCAUUCCACACGUUCCCCCUACCUUGAAUUCAACAUCAGUCUGAAACGUGUGCUUGUCACCGUCAGCAGGAUUCUUGUAGGUUUAGUUAAGUAAUGUGCUUAUAAGAGAACAGGAGCUCUUCUGAGCGCGUAAACGUUCAAGCCUUUUGAGAUCUGCUUUGCAAUUUUCCAGCUGAACGGAGAUUUCAGCCGGAGUUGUACUGGCAGUCCAUUUAUCGUGUGUGUUCUGCCGCUGCAUUUUGUAUAUAAAGGUAUGUUAAGUCUUCUGUCAGUGUGGGACAUUUGGUCAUCUGUUAAAAUGACAGGUUUGCUCAUGUCAAAGUCUUUUAGACAACUUUUUCUUCACAUUUAAUAAAGGAUGUUAUUCAGCA